AUGCCCUUUGAUACUCCUGAUGGAGUCCUGGACGACUUUUACAGCCGAUUUAUCUUACACAUUCCCAGUGAGGAACGAGAUAACGCCAUCAGAGUAUGCUUCCAGAUUGAACUGGCCCACUGGUUUUACUUGGACUUCUGCAUGCAGAACUUUCCAGGCCUGCCUCAGUGUGGGAUAAGGGACUUUGCUAAAGCAGUUUUCCAGCAUUGCCCGUUUUUACUUCCCAAUGGUGAAGAUGUACAAAGGGUCUUGGAUGAAUGGAAGGAAUAUAAGAUGGGAGUACCCACCUAUGGUGCCAUUAUUCUGGAUGAGUCACUUGAAAAUGUGCUUCUUGUCCAAGGUUAUUUAGCAAAAUCUGGUUGGGGUUUUCCAAAGGGAAAAGUGAAUAAAGAAGAAGCCCCUCACGACUGCGCUGCAAGAGAGGUACUUGAAGAGACUGGCUUUGAUAUAAAAAAUCGUAUGUGCAAUAAUGAUUACAUUGAGCUGAAGAUCAAUGAUCAGUUAGCCCGCCUUUAUAUCAUUCCUGGCGUUCCAAAGGACACAAAGUUUAAUCCAAAAACAAGAAAAGAAAUCAGAAACAUUGAGUGGUUUCCCAUUGAAAACCUGCCCUGCCAUAAAAAUGAUAUGACACCCAAGUCAAAACUAGGACUGGCUCCAAAUAAGUUUUUCAUGGUCAUACCUUUUAUAAGACCAUUGCGGGAUUGGCUUCAGAAGAGACUGGGCGACUCCUCAGAUAGUGAUACUGGAUUGCCCUCUGCUGGAAGUACACCAUCAAAACCUACUGGAGAGAAAUCCAGACCCAGGAUGCGCUGUAUACCUCAGUUUUCGGAGCUUUCUCCAGGAGAGCAGUUGACAAAGCCUAAGAAUCAAAAUCUUAAGAGCAACGGUAAGAAGCAGCAUCAAGAUUCGCCAAACCAAAACCAGAAGAAGAAAGCAAAUGGCGUCCAUAACCCACAAGUAAAGCCACAGCCGAAUACUGUUCUGAAAUCUGAGCGAAAACUUAACCCCAGGAGGCUAAAUGACACUUUUGAUGUGGACUCUGUAUUUGCUGUUGGCCUCCACUCUGAAGGACAGGGCUAUGACCACGCUGUUGAUGAAGCUUGCAAUGGGACCCUGGAGUACCCUUUCUCUUCCAAAGCCUUCCUGGGAUUUCGGUUUGACAGGGAUGCCAUCAUGAAAUCCUUGGAUUUCUGACCCAACCAGCAACUGCACAAGGAUCAUGAAUGCUGCGGCGUUGCAGCCAAGAGCAUGUUUUAAUCAAGCCUUACCUUCCUCAGGUUUUUUCAAGAAUGUGCAGGGAUUUACUGGGGGUUAGGAGAAGCUCUGUCCUAUGGACAUUCUGUGUAAUUGUAUCUGGUGGAGGGGGGGGGAUCUUUCCUUCUUGCACUGUUUUUUGCAAUAUGAGUUUUUUUAUUUUACACACGAGUACCUUUUCAGUGUUCAGCUCUCCUACCAUACAUAUUCAGUGGGCAUUGCCUAGAUGUAGUUUGUCCUUACAAACGGUUCUUGGUCUUCAACUCCCUGAGAUAGAUGUGACACUUGGUUUACGCUAUGGCUUACGUGGUGUAGCUUGAAUGUAAUAUGACUGCGUCGUCGGUGGUGAUUUCAGCCUUGCUGCUCACCACUUGUCGAGGUCUGUAUUGUUGCCUUGUACAAUAUGCACUGCACAUUACCCGACAUUAACCUCUUCACGCCUGAAGUGGGCUCAUAAUAAUCAGGGUGGAAAGGUCUUCAGAACUGUGUUCUUCAAUGUCAGUCUGUAUAAAUGCAGAAUGCGUUAGCAGCGACCAUCUACUGUAGCAUGCCUAUAGUGACAGUAAGUAUACAAACCCUAUGACUGGGUAGGCCAGAUUGGAUAAUUCUUUAAUUCUGUGUUUGGAAACUUCACUUUAAUGUGACAAGACACAAGCUUUCCUUGGGCUUCUUUUGUCAUUUAUCCGCUGUUCGUUCAUAAAUAGGUCAGCCUGGGAUGUGAAUUACCUAUUUUAAGGAAUGCAUUUACUAGGGGGCAUAUGCCUGUUGUUGGCAUUUUAAAGUGUGUUGUAUCCCCUCGUUGCUUUGGUGUUAUCUCCGGCCUUUGCCUGACUGUCAGCCGCUGCUCUCCCCUACCACUUUUCAUGUUUUGUGAAACCAUUUCCGACCUUGUUUCCCUCAUUACUGCUGGCAAAAUAUUUGUCUCGUUAUACUACUAUGGCAGAUCGAAAGGCAGAGAUGGACAGCUCACUGGGGUGGCAGGACCACUUGUGAUAAGGACGACAUUCUCUGACAAGUACGGCUGUAUGUCAUCGUCCCUUUAAAAGGGAAGUGCUGCACUGACAUGCCAUGUGCUAUCCGCUAAUAAAGAUCGUGUCUUUUGAGGCUCACUAGGAGCGCUGCUCUAUAUACUUGUCAUCUUAUAGGUUAUUCUGCUUGUAUAUGUAGCACAGUGCUAUGUGCAGUCAUUGUAGAUCUGAUAACUUUUGGGAGGGGGGGGGUGAUGUUUUCUUCUUAAUCGCAGGUCUACAUAUGGUGCCUAUUAUCAGUAAUAUAUGCAAAAGCAAGCCAGUUGUGGUAGGUGCAUGGCCUAGAUGGACAUGUAGGCAUCACAUGAAUGUGUCUCCCACGCCCUAGUUAAUUUUGUAAAAUAUUUAAUGGCCCGGCUCAUGCAAGAUGGUUAUGGACCAUGUGAGAAUUAAGCUUAAAGGGGCUGUGUCACUUCAGUAAAGGGCAUUUAUCAUGUAGAUAAAGUUAAUACAAG